GUUUUGUUUGCAUGACCAUGGAUCUCGUCCUGACCAGGGACCUCGCACUAGGAUCCAUCUUGUUUCUCCUUGCUCUUGCUGUCGCUCCUUCCCUUUCUUGUUUGAGGAGGGCGAUGAUAACUGUCACCGAAUCGAGCAUCAAAGGGGAAAGAAAAUGGAGGCGAAGCGAUAAUGAGGAGCAGUAGAUUAUUCAAGACGAGACUGACAAGGAACAAGAGGCCCAAAUUACAACCCGCUGAAAUGGUACGAAACUGCUGACUGGUGGCAAUCUUUUGUUUCUUUCGUUCCUCUCUUUCCUUCCUUACUUCCUUACUUCCUUACUUCCUUCUCCUUUUCUUUCCCAUCCCCAUAAAUCUCAACCACAAUGACCCCCGCGCCCUCGACCGCAGAGACUAUCGCCUACCUAAAGUCACUGCCCGCAGUCCGCGAACGAGCAGAGCUUGUCUACGCCAAUGCCCAAAAGGGCCAGCUCAAGUACUUCGAUGUCGACUUCUCAAAGCUGGGCGACGUCGCCAAAUUUGUCGUGGCGUUAAUCAAGCGCGACUACGAUGCGAACGAGAUUGCCAACAUCCCACCACACACGCGUCUGCGCCAUUUCGAUGUCGGUCAAAGGGAUCGUAUCGGACAGCUGGUCGAGAGCUGGAAGGGUAGGGUCGACACUCUCGAGACCGUCCGUCGACUCGUGGAUUUGACCGUGGUCUCAGUCUUGCUGGAUGCAGGCGCAGGAGACCGAUGGACAUUUGAGCAAAAGUCUGAUAACGUCCAGAAGAUGGCAAGGUCUUAUUCGCGAUCAGAAGGAUUGGCCCUGGCCAGUUUGGCCAUGUUCAAGGAAGGGCGGUUCUCAAGCGACAUCCAUCGCAGUCAUCAGGUCGAUGCUGAUGGCCUGUGCAACCUUACACUGGAAAGCCUUAGAGAAGGGUUCCAAGUGGACGAUCAGAAGAAUCCGCUGCUCGGCCUCGAGGGUCGAUGGGAGCUACUCAGACGACUCGGCAAGUCCCUCAAGGCCCAUCCAGAGUACUUUGCCGGAUCCGAGAAUGCUCUUCUCCGUCCAGGAAACAUGGUUGAUGUCCUGUUCAAGGAGGGAGCAGACCGACCACGACGAAAGGAAAAGUACGUGGUCCGCACGGAGUCGCUUUUCAAGAUUGUGAUUGACGGUUUUGCAGAGGUCUGGCCAGCGUCACGUAUGUCAUUGAACGGCGUCUCGCUGGGCGAUGUCUGGCCUUGCGACGCCAUUCGUAGCCCCAAUGCCGCGCCAGACUCCACUGAGCACUAUGUCCCCUUCCACAAGCUAUCGCAAUGGAUGACUUACUCAAUCAUGGAACCUCUCGAGACAAUGUUGAAUAUCGAAUGGGAGCACGCUAACCUCUUGACAGGCCUUCCUGAGUACCGCAAUGGUGGUUUGCUAAUUGACCUCGGAUUCAUGACGCUGAAGUCCAAGGAGGAGGAACGUGGUUUAGUUAACUACAAGGACAAUGCGCUCAGGCCUGGACAACCAGCAAUUGAGGUCGUGCCGACAUUUGAGCCUAGUGAUCCCGUUAUCAUUGAAUGGCGCGCCAUGACCGUUGCUACCCUGGACCGCAUUGCUGUCGAGGUCCGCAAGCAAUUGAACAUGCCCAACCUGACGCUUGCUCAAGUCCUUCAGGGCGGCACUUGGAAUGCCGGACGAGAGAUCGCCUCUGUAUCGCGUCCCAAUACCAAGGGUCCCCCAAUUGCCAUUCUGAGCGACGGUACCCUGUUCUAAAAAGCCAUUCUGCCGCCGCCUUUUUGAUAGUAUGGGGAUCGACAUCGAUGAUCAGUAAUCUUCAAGCUACUCUCAAUAUUACACAAGAAACCAAUACCAGAAUUAAUGAAUCCCCAAUGGUUUUGAACAACGU